CGAUUUGUUUAUGGUUGAAAAUUGAAAUGUAAGGACAAUCCGCAGUAAAGUGAAAGUAGAUUAUGGAAAUCUUUUCCUAUUUUUCCUUUAGUGAUUUUGUUUUCUCCCUUAGCUGUAAUGUCUCAAGCUCGCAUUGGUGUCUCAAGUCUGGUAGUUAUUAAAAAAUGCAGGAGUUACUCUAGUGGUAAUAAGUCGCCAGUAACGAACUAAGGGAACUUCAGCUGCUUUUUACUAGUGAUGGCCACUGCCCUCGAUUUCGUGGAAGUCAAAUGCGAAUUCCCAGAGGAUGAAGAGAAUCAGCAAGGAGACGAUUCAAUUGGAGGGAAUCACGGAGAGGAUGAAGCACUUAACCAAGGUGAGGUUGACCCUGCAUACAUUUCAGCAGGCUACCCUACGGAUCCCUCGCUUUUUUGUGAGAGUCAGUUAGAUUUUGGGAACCAUUUUAUCAACUCAGUUGAUCCGCCACCUGGCCCAUCAGGCACCAGCAGCAGUCUUACAAACCUUGAUUUGACCCAGUAUCUGCUUGAACAGCCAGAACAAACAUUCACCUGUGUGUUUUGUGCUGAUCAGUUUCGGCGAAUGAGUGAUCUCUCGAAGCAUCUCUCUUAUUGUCGUGCUGCCAAAGCUAAUGCUGCAGGGAAUGCAGCAGGUGAUCAUCCAUAUGUUUGUAUGUAUUGCGGUCUAAAAUUUAAAACACCGUGUGCUCGUGGGUUCCAUAUUAAAACUUGUGUACCAUCAAAAGAGGGAGUUAGACUGACUUUCGAGGAGGAUCCCUCUUUUUCUUGUCCACACUGCAAAUUACAGUACAAGAAGGAAGGCAGUUAUAACAAACACAUCAAGCUUUGUCCUGUCAAGCUACAAAAAGAUAAAAUAAGGGCAGCUGCUGCUGAAGCACGCAAAGCAGCUGAAGCAGCCAAAGCUGAGGAGACUCGCAAAGCUGUCGAGGCACGUAAGGCUCUUCAAGCUCGCAAGGUCACACCAGCUCGCAAGGCUGCUGAGGCCCGUAAGCAAGCUCUUGCGGAAGCAUCCAGCGAGAGGACUCGCCGAGCAAACUACCAGCUAAGACCCGCCAGGAAAAAUCCUGCUGCCAAACAAACAAGAAGUCAAACCAGAUUGAAUUCUUUACAGGAAGCAUCACUAACCAGUGGUUCAAUAGACUCAAGAGAGAAUAAGGCAAUAAAGAAAGGAGGAGCGAUUGUACGCUAUGCCUGUUACCAUUGUGAUGAAGAGUUUGAGGAAAAAGCUGCAUUGCGGGAGCACUUUAUUAAAGCUCAUCAAUCAAGUAAUUUCAACCCAGCAAACAUAGAAAGAGUCGCCAGACGUGUUGCAUCAGAUGCUCUUCAUUUUCUUUGCAUGUAUUGCGGAAAUAAGCAUAAAGAGGAAAACGAUCUCAAUGAACACAUUCUUGUUUGCCCUGCAAAUUUUACCAAUGCACUUGACAAAGAAGCCAAGGCUGAGGAAAAUGGUUCACCAACAAACGAUGAAGGAGAUCAGGCCAGCUGUAGAAAUGGUCUUCGUGGGGGUGCUCAAGUAGACGAAUACUGGGAAAGUAAUUAUAAUUGUCAUAGGUGUUCGGCAGGAUUUGACAAAAAAUCUGAGCUCCAUGAACAUUUCAAAAUACAUCUUUGCAACCCAGGUAGAGUGAAUUCAAUGGAUCGUUUUUGGUGUGUGAACUGUGGCGUUAAUUUCAAAGGACCCCAGGACCUACUGAAGCACCUGCCAUACUGUUCUGGAACAGAAAGACUAAUCAAAGAGAUCUCUUGCGGUGCAGAAGAUGAUAGCCCUGUCUCUGUUCAGAAAUCUGAGGCCUGUUCAAAAAAAGAAACCUUGGACAGCAAAGAAUCACCAGGAUUGUGCAAAGAGAACACUUUUUUUUGUCACGAAUGUGAUCCCGAAUUCACCAAUGAAUCUUUACUACGAGAGCAUUUUAAAACUCACUCCGAGACCUGUUAUUGCCCUCAUUCUUGUAUGUACUGUAGUAUGAAAGUCCAUAAUCUUCAUUCUUGCAAUAAUCAUUCAACAGCACAUGCAAACCCGUUUGUAUGUAAAAUUUGCUUUUCCUAUUUUGUUUCAUUGUUAGGGAAGCUCAUUUUAUCGCACAUCAGUAGAUUGGUUCCAUGUGCUAACUGUUUGCCGAAGUUUGCAAAUGAAACUGACAGGGACCAGCAUGCUCAGCUGUUUACAGAUAAAUACGACUUUAAAUGUGAUUUUUGUCAAAUUAUCUUCAAAGAACAGAGCCAAUUGAGCACGCACUUCUCCAGUCUUGCAGAGAGGUUUUACGACUGCAAAUCAAGUGCAGCAAAAUUUAGUAGUCAGAGUCGUCUUGAAGGAUUUUCUCAAGAACACACAGAAUUGAAAGUAUGUGGGUGUAACUUGCGUAAUGCUAAAUUUACCUCCGUCGAUAAUUUAGUGUUUCACUUCAAGUCGCAUUCAGGACCAUUCAUUUGUGAGCUUUGCCAGGCCAAAUUAGCCCCAUUAACUGAUUUCAGCAUGCAUUUACAAACACAAAAGAAUGAAAAAAAGAUCAAUGAGAAAAUUUACGAGUGUACAAGAUGUAAAGAGAAAUUUAGUGAAAAAAUAGCGUUACAAAUUCAUGAACGAACCCACACAAAACAUCAACCCCUCUCUUGCAUCUUUUGUCCUGUACUUUUCAACAGGAAAAGUAAUUUAGAAAGGUAUGUGAAGAUUCAUACUGGGGAAAUACCUUCUGCCUGCAAUCGUUACGGAGCCUGUUUCAGUCAGAAAAAUAGCUCCUUAAACGAGGGAGGAACUCAUACAGGAGAAAAACCGUAUACCUACUCUAAUUGCAGGCAAGAAUUCAGUAGGCGCGGUUCAUGGUUGACGCAUGCAAAAACUCAACCUCUUGUUGCAUAGGAAUAGAAGCAAUAAUUUGCAAGAAAAAUUCUAUGUGCCUUUAGACAAGGUGAGACCCUAAGACAACAUGUACAACAACAUGUAUACAACAUGUUUUCUCUUAAAAAUUUUAUGAGGAAAACGAAUCACACAACGGGUAGUCCAGAAAUCAACUCCUAAACAAGAUGUAAUUGUUUACAAUAAAAUCAAAAUUGGUUACAUGGCAAAAAUACAAAUGAUAUCAUUUGCACAAUCCAACCACAAUCUAACUUCCAUUUCAUCCGUGCUAAAAAUACUUGUUACCACACCAUGCAGGGGUUCAUUUCCAAGAUUCUGAAGAGAAAUCAGUUGAUGGUCUUUUCCAGCUUAGACCUUAUCUCAUGGCCCGUUUAGUUGCACUCUUUCUUAAUUCCCGAGUCUCCUGACUUUUUCCACUAAAAGAGUCCUCUUUUUGAACUGCUGUCAAUGUAGUGUAGGAUAUCGCUGCCUUACAGAUGUGCGCGAAUACCCAUCAGUUUUGGAAAAAUUCAUUGAUUGUUGAAAUACUAUUUUUCUAGAUAAUUUAUUGCGAAAAUAAACUGUUAAAGCAAGAGCAAUUGUUUAAUAGUAGCCUUCAGAUUCUAACUACUUACAAUUUUGCUAAAGCUCAUGCAGCUUACCCUUGCCUUAAGUCAAGUCAUUUUGGAGCCUGAUGGCAUUUUUAAGUAUCUUUCAUGAGAAGAGUCAGAAAUUAAACUAAUUUUAUUACCUCACAAGCACGUAAUGAGUCUUUUUAGGUUCUAGUUUUGCUCUCCUUUUAAGAAGUGGAAACGGUCAUUUUUCCUGCAGUGACUUGAAUUUUUUGUCUUUGUUACUUUUAUUAUCUUUGACUUCCUUUUUUAAAGUUUUUUCCUUUUCUCUUAUCUUCUAAAGUGGGCUGUUAAAGAAUAAGAAACAUGUGUAGUUCUAAGUCAUUCAAACCCUCAAUUUUAUAAAUUUGUAAUGUAAGCCCCCCCCCCUCCCUUCAGUCACAGGUUAUUCCUCGUUUUUUAUUCUAUCCCUCUGAUCAUUAUCUCAUGAAUUGUGAUAUUUUUAUUUUUCUGGUAUUUUGUCAUCAAAAUAUUUUUACUUCAACGAUGUUGAACCAGCUGACUUACCAAGUUCCAAUGGGUUAGUGGCAUAACAUUUCUGCAUCCUUCCUGACAGUUGUUUGCUCUAUACAAUAUUUUCCUAAAAUAAUCGAAGAGUCCAAUGAAAAUUUUAAAAAAGAAUUUUUAAGAGGAAAAGAAGCUGAUUAAAAUUUGACCAACCAAAAGCGGACAGUUGUGAUAUCGGAACCAGGUCAUGUCCUCGGCUGGGCUUCAGCCAAUCAGCAAAUGUGCACUCUCUCGCCUACGUAUGUCAUUACAGACCGCUAAUAGUAUCAUUUCAAGUGAGUCCAGCUUUUGGGGACUCAUAAAUCAAUUUUCUUCGUCAUUUUGAGUAAGAAAAAAUAAAUGUUAUGCUUUUCAAAUGCAGCAGAGCUGGAGCUUAACAUCUUUCCUAAUCUAUCAUGAAACUUCAGCAGUUCUCUCUUUAAAGAGUUGAAUGUGUUUUCCACAAUUCUCAAUGAAAAUAAUCGUUCUUAUGUGAAAAAAUCAAGUUCAUUUGGGAGGGAUAAGCUCCACAGACAGUAAUUAAAUGAAUUCUUUAUUUUUUUCCCUUCUUUGUUUUUUCUAAACUUUGUGUGAAUGACAUGUUAUCUUUUUAUACAUUUGUAUUAUCCCUGUAUGUAGUCUUUAAACUUAAGUGUUUAGUUGAAUUUAAGUUCAGCUUUUCAUUCUCAUAUUCUUUAUACCCAAUGGAACUUUUUCUGAAGUGCUUUUCCUACUGCUUGAGAAGAUUCAAACGGCACCUGUCUUAGUCAAUGAGUAUUAUGCAAAUCAUAGAAUCAAGUCUUGAAGGUUGAAACUGAUAGAUGAACCAAAAAUAAGGAAACAUUUUGGAACGCCAAUUUCUCAUUCUCCAUCUUAAAUAAAAUAUUGUCUCUCACAAAUCAAAGUGACUGACGCCAUUAACACCGGUAGUGUAUCCUAUGGUUUCCUUAACCAUGCAUUCAUCCAUCGAUGAUGCAUACAUUUUAUUUUUUCAAAGGGCGAUAACUCAUGUUUUAUUAGAUGUUGGAAUUUUGAUGGGUUGGACCGGUUUUUUUUUUUUUUAUCUAGAAGAAGAUGAAUCAUCAAAUAAAAGUUGAUGAAUUUUGCAACCUAGUUUUACGACCUAUUGAUGUGGUAUCAAAAGCAUUCUGAUUGCAAAGUGGGUACAUUAAGACCGAUUGUUCAGUGAUGCUGUUUAUCAUUAAUGUAUGAAAUCACUUAGUUGGUUCCUUUAUCCUGAUCAGACGCUAUCUGGUCAGAUCUAUGAAGGGAGCUAAUGGAGUGCUCCCUAUCCUCACUAUAAAGCGCUUUUGGCGGAAGGUGGCUUGAUGCGCCUUGUAACAAUUUAUGACCAGAGAUCAAUGUUGUUCUACAAGAAAUGAAACAUAAAAACCAUAAGAGAAUCGAAUUGAAAAAAGUUUCAUUUUUAUUGUCUUGCUCCUCUAUUGAUCAUCAAACUCAUGGUUCCCAUUUAUAUUUUCUCAUGAAGCUGACUACCUUUCAAUUAGUGUAAAUUACUGUUGCAAUGUUGACAUUGAAUGUAGAAAAAUAUAGGUAAAUUUGAAUGUCACAGUAGUAACUUUACAUUUUUUGACUAGUUUCUUGUUAUCAAGUAUAUUAGAGGGUUUUGCAGCUUACAUUAAACUUAUUUGUAUAUAUGUUCAUAUAUAGUAGAUAGGCAGUGGGUUUUUAUCUUAAGUGAAAUUUGAAAAAGAAUUUUUUCAGCAAGUGACAUAUGUUAUCUGUCUCCAAGAUCCCUGUAAUGUUUUCAUAAUGGGACAGAAAAUUUCUUUGGAAAAGAAGUCUGCCCCUGUUUUGGGUAAAGUCAUCUUAUUCUGUAGCUAGGCAUUUCUCAUGUAGCAUUUGACCAUUCACUUAAUCACAAGUGAAGUGCCUGGACUUCAUUAAUUAUUACUGCCAAGGAAGAGAAAGUGAAUGAAGUAAAAUGUGCUCUAUCAUUGGUUUGCCCCUCACCCUGAGUAAAAAUGUCUAAUAGCAAGUUUAUAGAUAUGUUUCAUGUGUGUAGAUAUGUCUUAUCUCUAGUUGUUCAUUCUUUUAUUUUUAUAGAUAAAUUUACUUGUUCUAAAAUCGA